AUGUAUAUUUUCUAAAAGAAGCUUCCUUAAGAUUAUUGUCUUAAACAUGAACAUAAAAGAAUUGAGUUCAUUCAUUAUUAAAAAGAUGAAUAAAUUAUUCAUUACUAUUGUAUUGCCUGUAUUGAAGAAAAUUCUUAACUUUUCAACUUAGUUUAACCAAUAUAUAAAGUUGCAGAUGAGAUUGAAGCCAAUUUAAUGAUAAGAAAUCGUUCUAUAUUGGAUCAAUUAUAUAAGUAACAUGAAUAAAUAAUGAAAUAACAAAAACGCAUACAGGGAAUUUUUUAAAAAUGGAGUAAAUUCAUUUAAGAAUUACAUGAUGUAUGUCUAAUCUAUAAAUUUGAAGAUGAAGUAAAAAUAUAAUUCAAUGAUUUAUACGAUUAAUAUAAUUAAGAAUUAUUUUAAAGAAAAUUUUUAGAAAAAAUAUAAGCUGAAAAAUAAAGCUAUAUUGAAAAAAUUUAAUAGGAAUUAGAGUAAAUUAAAAUUUCACUCAUAAAGUUUAAAUAAUAAUCAAUAAUUUAAAGAAGUUUAAACUAAAAUAAUGAAAAAUAAUUAUAUAUAUUAAAGGGAGAACAAGAAGAGCACAAAUAUUCUUGUGGAAUAGAGAUUUUUUAAAAUACUAUUAUUGCCAGUAGUGAAUAAGAGGUUAAAGUAUGGUAAAUAUUAAAAUCAGAUAUUGAUAAUACUAUCAAAUUAUAAUAUAAGGAAACAUUAAAAAAUCAUGUAGGUAGAAUUUUAUGCUCUGUUCACAGUAAAAAAAUAGAUUGGUUUGCUACAACUGGAUGUGAUGGGAAAAUCUUUAUUUCCAAACUAAUUGAUAAUAAAUGGGUUAGUAAAAAAUCCAAUAAAUAUCAUCAUAAAAGUAUUUAUACUAUGAUCUUAAAUAAUAAGGAAGAUUAAUUAUUUUCUGGUGGAUUCGAAGGAACAGUAGCUAUUUGGAACAUUAACUUAGAAGAAAAUACUAUUGUUUUUUCUUAUGAACUAAUAGAAUCUUAAUACUCUAUAUUUAGUCUAUGCAUUAAUCCAUCAGAUACAAGUCUAAUCUUAUCUAAUAUUAAUUAAACAUUAGUUCUUUGGACAAAAAAUAGCCAGACUAAAAAAUAUGAAAUUAGUGAUAGAUAUUCUCUAUCUAAUAUUGCCUAUAGAUCUUGUUUUAUAAAAGAGGAUUAAUUUGUAAUUUAACAUUCACAAAAAGAUGUAACGAGAGUAUUCAAUAUAAAUAAUAACAAAAUUAUUGAAAGAAAAGAUUUAGAGUUAAAAUUUUAUGAUACCCAACUUGACGGAGAUUAUUUAUUUCCAACAAUUUAUAAUUAAAAAAAAUAAAUAUUAAUUUAAAAGUAUGGUAAAUAUGUUUAUGUCAUUAAAUAACUCCCUAAUGAAAAGCUUUAAAUUAUUUAAACUAUAGAUUGCUAAGAUAGUUUUAAUUAUGGAAAUGUAAGUGAUGAUGGAAAUAUCUUAAUUAUUUGGGAUUAUAAUACUAAAAAAUUAAAAAUUUAUUCAUUUGAGAUUUAAAUAUAUAAUAGUCUUUUUAAUGAAACAGAAUAUUUAAGUUUUUAAACAUCCCAAUCGUAAUCAUAAUAAUAAUCGUAAUUGUAAGAAAUUUUGAUUUGA